AUGGAGGACGUCGGACCCGAUCUGUCUCACCUCACUCCCGAGGAAAGGGCCAUCAUCGAGUCGGUGAUGAUGAGGCAGAAGCAGGAGGAGGAGCGGGAGCAGGAGAUUCUGAGGUACCUACUUGAAUGUGACGAGGGAUUGUCUGGAUCCUCACCUUAUAUAUUUUCCGCCUUCCUCCACAACAGACCUUUUCGAUUUAGCAUCUGA